AUUAUUCCAGCAUCACGGCAGCAGGUUUCUGCUAAGUUUGGAGUUACUCGCGUCACAACUGUAUGCCUGCUUAAGGUGGUUAAAAACAGGGGCUCAGCAGCACAAGGAGUCUGCAUGUCCGCUUAGACAUGCUCAGCUUUGUGGAUACCCGGAUUCUGUUGCUGCUUGCAGUAACUUCAUACCUAGCAUCAUGUCAAUCGGGAAGAAUCAAGGGUCCCAGAGGAGAGAAAGGACCUCGAGGUGACAGGGGUCCUCAGGGCCCAAAUGGAAAGGAUGGCAAACCCGGACUCCCUGGUCCCCCUGGUCCCCCUGGUCCUCCUGGACUCGGAGGAGGAAACUUUGCUGCUCAGUAUGAUGGCGUUAAGGCUCCUGAUCCCGGCCCUGGACCCAUGGGCAUGAUGGGCGCUAGAGGACCACCCGGACCUCCUGGACCUCCUGGAUCUCAGGGACACACCGGACAUGCUGGUGAGCCCGGAGAGCCCGGACAGACUGGCCCUGUUGGUGCUCGUGGACCCCCUGGACCCCCUGGCAAAGCUGGUGAGGAUGGUAACAACGGAAGACCCGGCAAGCCUGGAGACAGAGGACCCCCUGGCACUCAGGGAGCUCGUGGAUUCCCCGGAACCCCUGGACUUCCUGGAAUGAAGGGACACAGAGGUUACACCGGUCUGGAUGGACGCAAGGGAGAGCCUGGUGCUGCUGGUGCCAAGGGUGAGAAUGGUGCCCCUGGUGCCGCUGGAAGUCCUGGACUGGCUGGUGCUCGUGGUCUGCCUGGUGAGAGAGGUCGCCCUGGCCCUGCUGGCCCUGCUGGUGCUCGUGGUGCUGAUGGCAACGUUGGACCCGCUGGCCCUGCUGGUCCUCUUGGUGCUGCUGGUCCCCCAGGUUUCCCCGGUGGUCCUGGACCUAAGGGAGAGAUUGGACCUGCUGGAGCCACUGGUCCCUCUGGACCUCAGGGAUCUAGAGGAGAGCCUGGUCCCAAUGGCGCUGUUGGACCUGUCGGUCCCGCUGGCAACCCUGGUGCUAAUGGUCUGGCUGGAGCCAAGGGAGCUGCUGGCACCCCUGGUGUUGCUGGAGCCCCUGGCUUCCCCGGACCAAGAGGAGGACCUGGACCCCAGGGACCUCAGGGUGCUGCUGGUCCUAGAGGCCUGGCUGGAGAUCCUGGUGCUGCUGGUAUUAAGGGAGAUGGUGGUGCCAAGGGAGAGCCUGGAGCCGCUGGACCUCAGGGACCCCCUGGACCUCAGGGUGAGGAGGGUAAGAGAGGACCCACUGGCGAGCCUGGUGCCACCGGCCCUGCUGGAAACCGUGGAGCCAGAGGAGCUCCCGGCACCCGUGGUCUGCCCGGCCCCGAGGGAAGAACUGGCCCUAUUGGCAUGCCCGGUGCCCGUGGUGCCACUGGCGGCAUGGGACCUCGUGGUCCCCCUGGAGAUGCUGGCCGUGCUGGCGAGUCUGGACUGACUGGUCCCAGAGGUCUCCCAGGAAGCCCCGGAAGCGCUGGACCCCCAGGAAAGGAGGGACCUGCUGGUCCUGCUGGUCAAGAUGGUCGCACUGGUCCUCCUGGCCCCACUGGACCUAGAGGCCAGCCUGGAAAUAUUGGCUUCCCUGGACCCAAGGGACCUGGUGGUGAGGCUGGCAAACCCGGAGAGAAGGGACCCACUGGACCCGCUGGACUGAGAGGAGCCCCUGGCCCUGAUGGUAACAAUGGAGCUGCUGGCCCUGUUGGAGCUGUUGGCAAUGCUGGUGAGAAGGGAGAGCAGGGAGCCGCUGGAGCUCCUGGCUUCCAGGGUCUGCCCGGCCCUGCUGGACCUGCUGGAGAGGCUGGCAAGCCUGGAGACAGAGGUAUCCCAGGAGACCAGGGACUUGCUGGACCUGCUGGUGUCAAGGGAGAGCGUGGUAACCCCGGUGCUGCCGGAUCUGUUGGACCUCAGGGACCCAUGGGAGCCCGUGGAGCCGCUGGAGCCCCUGGCCCCGAUGGUGGCAAGGGAGAGCCUGGCUCUGUUGGACCCGCUGGUGCUAAUGGACACCAGGGACCUGGUGGCAUGCCUGGUGAGCGUGGAACUGCUGGCCCCCCUGGACCCAAGGGAGAGAAGGGAGAGCCUGGACACAGAGGACCUGACGGCAACGCUGGAAGAGAUGGUGCCCGUGGCAUGCCUGGACCUGGUGGACCCCCUGGACCCUCUGGUGCCAAUGGUGACAAGGGAGAGACUGGCGCCUUCGGACCCGCUGGUCCCGCUGGACCUCGUGGAGCCCCUGGUGAGCGUGGAGAGGUUGGAUCUGCUGGAGCCCCCGGAUUCGCUGGACCCCCUGGUGCUGAUGGCCAGGCCGGAGCAAGAGGAGAGCGUGGACCUGCUGGUGGAAAGGGAGAUGUUGGCCCCGCUGGCCCUGCCGGACCCGCUGGACAAGCUGGACCUGCUGGUCCUGCUGGUCCCGCUGGACCCCCUGGCGCUCGUGGUGACACCGGCCCUUCUGGUCUGACUGGUUUCCCUGGUGCUGCUGGCAGAGUUGGUGCUGCUGGUCCCGCUGGUAUCGUUGGACCCCCUGGCCCAACUGGUCCCGCUGGAAAGGAUGGUCCUCGUGGUCCUCGUGGUGACUCUGGCCCCGCUGGAGUUAGUGGAGAGCCUGGUAUUGUUGGAGCCCCCGGCCUCGCUGGAGAUAAGGGACCCUCUGGAGAUUCUGGUCCUGCUGGUCCUCCUGGUACCCCUGGACCUCAGGGUCAGCUUGGAUCUCAGGGAUUUGUUGGUCUGCCUGGAGCUAGAGGAGAUCGUGGUGUGCCUGGUGGUGCUGGUGCUGUCGGUGAGCCUGGCAGACUCGGACCCGCUGGUGCCCCUGGAGCCCGUGGCCCCGCUGGCAACAUUGGCAUGCCUGGUAUGACCGGACCCCAGGGAGAGGCUGGACGUGAGGGUAGCCCUGGCAACGAUGGACCUCCUGGCCGUCCUGGUGCUGCUGGAUUCAAGGGAGACCGUGGUGAGCCUGGCUCUCCUGGUGCCAUGGGACUGGCUGGUGCCCCUGGACCUGCUGGACCUACUGGCGCUUCUGGCAGACCUGGAAACCGUGGAGAGGCUGGCCCAGGUGGACCUGCUGGAGCCGUUGGCCCUGCUGGAGCUAGAGGUGCCCCUGGACCUGCUGGAGCCCGUGGUGAGAAGGGAGUUGCUGGAGAUAAGGGAGAGAGAGGCAUGAAGGGUCUGCGUGGACACCCUGGUCUCCAGGGAAUGCCCGGACCCUCUGGACCUUCUGGUGACACUGGAGCUGCCGGACUCACUGGAUCUUCUGGACCCAGAGGACCUGCUGGACCCCACGGACCCCCUGGUAAGGAUGGCAGAGCUGGUGCCCAUGGUACUAUUGGUGCUCCUGGUGCUCGUGGACCCCCUGGAUACGUCGGACCAGCUGGUCCCCCUGGAGCUCCCGGUCUGCCUGGACCUCCCGGCCCCUCUGGUGGCGGAUAUGACAUCUCUGGCGGAUAUGAUGAGUACAGAGCUGAUCAGCCCGCCCUGAGAGCCAAGGACUACGAGGUUGAUGCCACCAUCAAGUCCCUCAACACUCAGAUUGAGAACCUGCUCACCCCUGAGGGAUCCAGGAAGAAUCCCGCCCGCACCUGCCGUGACAUCAAGCUCAGCCACCCUGACUGGACCAGCGGAUUCUACUGGAUCGACCCCAACCAGGGCUGCAUCAAUGAUGCUAUCAAGGUCUUCUGCGACUUCUCCACCCGUGAGACCUGCAUCUAUGCCCACCCCGAGAGCAUUGCCCGCAAGAACUGGUACAGAAGCGCCCAGAGUGCCAAGCACGUCUGGUUUGGAGAGACCAUCAACGGUGGUACUGAGUUUACCUACAACGACGAGACCAUCAGCCCCCAGAGCAUGGCCACCCAGCUGGCCUUCAUGCGCCUGCUGUCCAACCAGGCUAGCCAGAACAUCACCUACCACUGCAAGAACAGCGUUGCCUACAUGGAUGGUGAGAGCGGCAACCUGAAGAAGGCUGUGGUGCUCCAGGGCUCCAACGAUGUGGAGCUGAGAGCCGAGGGCAACAGCCGCUUCACCUUCACUGUGCUGGAGGAUGGCUGCACUAGACACACUGGUGAGUGGGGCAAGACAGUGAUGGAGUACAGAACGAAUAAACCAGCUCGCCUGCCCAUCCUUGACAUUGCACCUUUGGACAUUGGUGGAGCUAAUCAGGAGUUUGGUUUGGACAUUGGCCCAGUCUGUUUCAAAUAAAUAGACUCAUGAUAAAUUAACACCAAAAAGAGAGAAAGAAAGAAAAAAGAAAUAUCUGCCCUUCUUUCUGUGUUGUUUUUUAUACUGAAUGCUGAUUUCUCUCUGCACAUCCACUUGCUUAAGCUGGGCAACUAUCGGAAAGGACUGAACGGACUGAAUGGAGCGUUUGUGCAAUGCAAAUUAAUACAGCAACCCAAAGGGACGCGGGAAAACACCUUGUUGUGGGACAUCAUGUCAUCCUUUUGUAAAAAAUAAAAGAAGUGUAAUAAAAAUGCUGAAAGUAUGCAUCACUUUGUGGUCUUUGUAUAUCUUCCAAAGAGGAGGUUUAAAACCACAAUUUCCAUGAAAAAAAGGUUUAAACUACCUCAUGCCUGUACUUAGAGAAAAUACUAUUGACAAAACCUGGGUCCACAACCGAGAUGUUAUGAGUUUUAAUGCUUCAAGCUCUGUCCUGUAUCGGAAGGUGCUCCAUUACUUGAAGCAGAGAUCUAUGGUGCUAAUAUGCAGCUGUUGAACAAACCACUUUUUACUGUAUUACUUUGUAUUGACUUUUGAGGAGUCUUGCAUAGGUCCCCCCGAUACUCCCCCAUUUUAAGCAGGUGGAAUGAUCCUAAAUCUGAUGUCUGUCUGGUUUUGUUUUUUUGUUUUGUUUUUUGUUUUGUUUUGUUUAGAAGGUUUUUUUUGUUUUAUUUUGUUUUGUUCAGGCUUUUUACUCUUCAAUUCCCACACCCAGUGUUCAUACUGACAGCACAUAUCUCAUCCAAUUCUGAAUGGUUUUUUAGGCGGCCUCUCUCUCUUUCAAAAAAAACGACACCACAAAGUCUAUUGUACCUAUUUUGUAUAUGUGAGAUGUUUAAAUAAAUUGUGAAAAGUUCUGAAAUAAAGCAUGUCCAAUGUUCCAAAACACACUA